AUGCCAGAGCCGAACCCAAGAUGGAGUGAAGACGUAUCCGAACUUGGUGACACCCAAUGCAUAGCGCUCCUCGAGAAAGUCGCAGAACUCAAACGUCAGCGCGACUCGAUUGUUCCAAUAGGCUGGCUCCCGAACGAGAUCCUCUCGUCCAUCUUCGCGUCAACAAUCGUAUGGGACGUGUUAUACAAUUCCGGCGACAAGACCCACCCAAAACGGACCAACAAGCACCUCAUCCACGCUUCGCAUGCCGUUUUUGACGCGUUCGGACCGAGGUCGAAGAACGCGCCGUUGACCGUGAAAAUAUACAACACAAAAGCCAAGGAGUACAGGCAUAUUCUACAAUUCGCGCCCUGGCUAAAGAGGUUACACAUCGAUUUCGAGCGCCCAGAUCGCCUUCCCGUGGAGAUUCGGUACCCCUUUCCGAUUGUUGAAGCCAUAUUGGUGUCCCCGAUGCCGCUGCCGGAAUCAUCCAUUUUCUACCGGCCUGAAACCUGCUUGGUCCCUUUUCUCGUUGGCAAGAAGCCCUUUUCCAAUCAAGCCCCGCUGUUGAGGGAGCUCGUCAUCGCGCACGAAAUUAUCCACCUGGUUCAGAACUUAUCCGUUUUCUCGAAGAUUAUGACGUUGAUUCUGUUAAAAUUUUGGGUCCGGGAAUCCAAGGCUCUGAAACUUUUGCUGGAGGGGAUAACGUCCAUGCAGUAUCUGGAGAGGCUCGAGUUGAAGGAGUGCACCCACGACGUCGCGAAGGUCGAGAAGCUCUCCGCGAUAAAACUACCAAACCUGCGUUGCCUUCACAUCAGCGGGCAUCUUCUUGGAUAUGCUAGAUUUAUCGGCCAUCUUUCCGCGCCCCAACAGAGCUCCGUCGACAUUCUCUCUUUAUUGUCGACUUCUAUCUCAGCCCAAACCCAGCUAUUCAUCAACUUCCUUAUCUCUAUUAUAGGCCGCUUCCCAACAGACACGACGCACAUUCCAUGGUCGAUGCUGCUGAAGGAAUACUCGGUCAAUAUCACAUAUCAAGCUCAAGACCAACACUCUUUGAAAAAUGGGCCAGAGUUUCGAGAGCAGCUCAGCAUCAUCAUACCGCAAGUCGCAUCCUGCUGGCUCUCGUUCAAUAUACAGGCGAAUCCACCUGUUCAGCUCAAUGAGUCCGGCCCAUUCUUCGACGCCAUGCCACGCCUUGGCCAGUGCAACAUCACAAGCAUUUGUAUCAAUGGCAACCCGGCAUUUGACAACCUGCAAGGCAUCCUCUGCACGCCGCUCACUAUACCUACCUCCGGUACGGACAGCUAG